UUUAUCAGCUUGUAUAUGUUUGAAUUAAGUGAGUCUUGUCGAACAUUCACUAUAAUAUAUGCCCUGGAAUAUAUUUUAGUCUAUGAUACCGGUCAGUUAAGUGGGGGAUCUGCGAUCUCUGGUGCCACUCCCACCACGGCGUCCUCUGCCACGCCCACCCACGAUAGGACGGCGGGGGUUCCCCUUACCGACUUUGUUCAGCAAUUAGAGGAUUAUGCCCCUACGAUUCCAGAUUCUGUGACAGCGUUUUAUCUGAAUCGCGCAGGUUUUGAAGCCUCAGACCCUCGAGUAACACGACUCAUUUCUAUAGCAGCCCAAAAGUUCAUUUCUGACAUAGCAAAUGAUGCCCUACAACACUGCAAAAUGAAAGGAUCUGUUCAGUCGAAGAACAAAGGAAAGGACAAGAAACUAACACUGACGAUGGACGAUCUAACCCCGGCUCUUGCGGAAUACGGCAUCAACGUUAAAAAGCCUGCGUAUUUCAUAUGACUGAAAACAUUUGGAAAUAAUUACGAACAAUUUAUUGUACAUUUAUAUUGAAACUCAUUUUUGUUAUUUCUUUUUUUAUCAUUUGACAUUCUCUUAAUAAAUAUAUUCCUACGUGUA